AUGUAUGGGACCAGACCAAAUGGGACCAAACAUGAAAUUCAUGGUCCCGGCGGCCAGUCUACACUGAAGACAGACCGCGGAGGUUGCACUUCAGAAGUGUCCGUUGGUUAUGUGCUUGAUAUUAUCGCCGAGGUAUCUUUUUGUAUUUUUCUGCCGGGGAUGGGCCAGAUUGGGAAGGGCGGUAUGAGGGUGGGACUUGGCGUUGGUGUUUUGGAACAUCAAAGAUGGACAGGGUUUUCGCGGAGGUCACUCCUCAGAUAUCUCCACAAUUACAGGUCAGAGAUCUUCCAAAAUCAAGAAGAUUGA